CGUCCUCAAAACAACAUGGCGUACGUUCGCGUCCAAGGACACCGCUGACAGCACACGAUAUUACAGCUGUUAUCAAUUCAUAAAUACGCCGUUUUUAAGUGAUUAAAGAUGUUCAGUGUUUUUUUAGUGGUGUGUUGAACUUUUGUGUUUUUAAUUAUUGGAAUACCGGCGUUUUGCACGCCGAUUUUAAAAGGUGGGCGAUAACCGUCCGUUUUGCAUGCGAGUGACGUCCGCUAUAAUAGACGAGGUUCGAUUCCGUGAACGGGUGUACCGUCGUGGUCGCGCAGUGUGGAGGCGGCGGAGGCGGCGCGCGCGCGCCUCGUGCGGUGGGCGUGCGGCGAUCCGGCCGUCGACCAGGACCCCGCUCCCCGCAAGAAGAUGCCCCACGCCCUGCGCCGUCGCUGGCCCUUCUGCCCCUGUCUACAGAAUGACGAGCCGCCAGAGAUUACGUACUGCGUGGUGGGGGGCGAAGGUGCGUUGGCUCUGCACGCUGUCACACCCACCCAUCCCAUGCCGCCGCAGGACGAGCUCGAUGCCAAGUUCGCUGAGCUGGUGGAGGAGCUAGACCUGACGGCGGUGAACAAGGCGGCUAUGAUGGAGUUGCCGGCGGCCAAGAAGUGGCAGAUCUACUGCAGCCGCCGCCCGCCCAUCGGCACACAACCGCUCGCCAGCGCGCCGCAAGUCGAAGAGUACGUUAAGGCGCUUGGAGAGAUUGCUGAAGCGUUUGCUUCUUCCGAAGGCGGUCUCCCAGCAGAAGCUUGCGCGUUAGUUGACGGCUUGAAGACCGCUCUUAGAACUCGCGCACACAGCUUUGUACUACGGUUCAUCAAGCAAGGGGGGCUUACCACAUUACUGGACGCGCUACAACGAGCGCCCAGAGAUGAAGCGAUUAUUAGGCAUAAUCUAAUCGCCGGAAUAAAGGCUCUUAUGAAUAACUCGACCGGCCGCGCUCAUGUGCUAGCCCACCCAGCGAGUAUCGACCUCAUCGCACAAUCCUUGGACACGGAGAAUGUAAAGACAAAGGUCGCGGCUCUAGAGAUACUGGGUGCCGUCUGCCUCGUGCCCGGCGGACAUAAGAAGGUAUUAGAGGCGAUGGUGAACUACCAGAAGUACGCAGGCGAGCGUGCGCGGUUCCAAGGCGUGGUGAACGAGCUGGACCGCAGCUCGGGCGCGUAUCGCGACGACCUCGGUCUCAAGACCGCCAUCAUGUCCUUUGUUAACGCCGUCCUUAACUACGGCCCCGGUGAAGACAGUCUUGAGUUCCGACUGCAUCUACGAUACGAACUGCUCAUGUUGGGGAUACAACCAGUAAUCGAAAAACUUCGUAAAUACGAGAACGAAACCCUCGACCGUCACAUCGAGUUCUUCGAGAUGGUCCGCAAUGAGGAUGAGCGCGAGUUGGCGCGACGUUUUGACAAACAGCACGUGGACACCAAGAGUGCGGCCGCCAUGUUUGAGUUACUGCGCCGCAAGUUGAGUCACACCGCCGCCUACCCACAUCUCUUGUCGCUGCUGCAGCAUCUGUUGCUGCUGCCAUUGGAGUACAACCCGCACUCUCAGCACUGGUUGCUGCUGGACCGCGUGGUGCAGCAGCUGGUGCUGCAGCAGGCCGCAGCCGGCAGCCGCGCCGCCAGUGAACAGGGCUCCCUCAAGGACGACUCCUCCGAACACAACAAGGUCUACGACCCGGAUAUGGCUCCUUUGGAAAUCAACGUUGGUGAAAUAGUUCAUCUUCUAGCAAAAGAAGAAGAACUGGUCGCUGCUAGAACAAAAGCGGAGAAUCUAGAAAGAGAGAACGUAGAUCUUGCUACAGAACUGGCGAAGAAGGAGAAGCAAGUGGACGAGCGCUCGCAGGAGAAGGAGGAGUUGGAGGGAGUCGUGCAGAGGAUGAAGGAGCGUCUAGAGAGGGAGACGGCCGCGCACAUGGAGUGGACGGAGAGAGCGCAACAGCUCGAGCAGCAGCUGAGUCACGAGCGAGCCGAGCGCUCCCGAUUUGAGAAGCUAGUCAGCGAGGGCAGUAUACCUGAUGAUGCAAAGGUGAGCAACUUAAAGAGUGCAGUGAUAGAGUCGUGUGGAGUUCCGCCGCCGCCGCCGCCGCCGCUGGUGCGCGCGCCGCCCGCCCCGCCCGCGCCGCCGCCGCCCGCCGCUCCCGCCGCCGCCCCCGCCCCCGCCCCGCGACAGAGGAAGCACGUGCCCGCACCCUCCAACCCCCUCAAGAGCUUCAACUGGAGUAAACUCCCCGAUGCGAAGCUGCACGGCACCAUCUGGCAGGAGUUGGACGACACCCGCCUCUACAACGCCAUCGAUCUGCAUUCCAUUGACAAGAUGUUCUGCGCUUACCAGAAGAACGGCGUGCAGAACGAGGGAUCAGUGGAAGAUCUUAGACAAUUAGGAGCUAAACCGCGUACCAAGAUUCUAACUGUGAUCGACGGUAGACGCGCGCAGAACUGCACCAUACUUCUCUCCAAACUGAAGAUGACUGAUGAAGAGAUUUGUCGAGCUAUCUUGAAGAUGGACAAGGAUGAGCAGCUGCCGAUCGAUAUGGUGGAGCAGCUGCUGAAGUUCACUCCCAGCGCUGAGGAAGCGGCGUUGCUGGAGGAACACCAGGAUGAGUUGGACAGUAUGGCGCGCGCCGACAGAUUCCUAUACGAGAUCUCCAAGAUCCCCCACUACUCCCAGCGUGUCCGCACGCUGCUGUUCAAGAAGAAGUUCUCAGGCGCGGCGGCGGAGGCGACCAGUCGCGCGUCAGUCGUGCUGCGCGCCGCACGCGACAUGACGCGCUCGCGACGUCUGCGCGCGCUACUCGAGAUUGUGCUCGCGCUCGGCAACUAUAUGAACAGGGGUGCGCGAGGAAACGCGUCCGGGUUCCGUCUGUCGUCGCUCAACAAGCUGGCGGACACCAAGUCCAGCGUCAGUCGCAGCACCACGCUGCUGCACUUCCUCGUAGAACUGCUUGAGACUCAGUUCCGCGACGUGUUGUUGCUGGAGGAGGAUGUGCCACACGUGCGCGCCGCAGCCAAAGUGUGUGUGGAGCAACUGGAGCGUGACGUGGGCGCGCUACGCACCGGACUGCGCGAGGUGGCGCGUGAACUGGAGUACCACGCAGCGCGCGCGCCCACAGCGCCCACAGCGCCCACAGAUCCCAACGACGCCUUCGUACCCGUCAUGAGGGACUUCCACGCACACGCCGUCUGCGCCUUCACACAGCUGGAGGAUCUCUUUCAGGACAUGAAGAGCCGGCUGGAGGCGUGCGCACACGCAUUCGGCGAGGAGGCGAGCGCGUCGCCGGAGCAGCUGUUCGGUGCGCUCGACGCCUUCCUCGCGCAGCUGACGGAGGCGCGCGCUGAGUGUGACGCCGCGAGACGUCGCCGUGAUGACGAGGAGCGCAGGACACGACACGAACAGGAGUUAAAGAAGCGAACUAUGGAACGCAAACAGGCGUCCAGUUUGUUAAGUUCAGUUGGCAAAUCCCUUGGCAAAGCUAAUUCAGACUGUAACGGACAUAAUGGUGACUCCCGCGAUAGCACUCUCACAAACGGACAGAAGGGGGAGUUUGAUGAUCUCAUCUCAGCGCUUAGAACCGGUGAUGUCUUCGGUGAUGAUGUAGCCAAGUUCAAGAGGUCAAGGAAGACAUCGAAAGCCCACAAGGGAAGAGACUCCCCGCCCAGAGGAGUGUGCAGAGAAGAUUCCAGAGAGAGACAGAAGUGAUCCGAGAUGGAAUUGAAACGGGAUUUUUUUCUAUAUAACCGAGUUAAUCGGAAACGUUAUUAGUCAAACGAGUGAUAAAGUUUAUAGACUUGUGAUUUAUGUCGGUUGUUUAUGGUCAAAUAGUUGUUGAUAGACGAAGAUAGAUGGCGUUAUCCGCAAUAUCGAGUUUAACAAGAAGUUUGAGGUUAAAUAAGUUUUGAAUAUUCCACGACCAUUGAAUCCAAUCAUUAACUUCUGUUAAGCAAAUCUAUUCGUAUAUAAUAAAUCUUAUAUGACAUUAGUCAGUGUUAUCUGAAUUUGAACUCUAUUUGUUAAGUGUUAGAAUAUAAUUUGACUGAACGGGUUUGAUUUUCCAGGAUUUCUCUCGAAGGUGAAAAAUCCUAAGGAUAAUUAUUGAAUGGAAAUAAAAAUAGAAAAUUAUUGAUUGAAAUGUAUUUUAG